ACCUCGAAAAUGUUUGUAAAGCCCUUGGUAUCGCUACGGACGGAGUAAAGGCUGACCUGAUUCAGAGAUUGAGAAAGCAUAUAAAAGGAAAAAACCAUGCUGAAAGCAACGACACUGAACUAUCCCGUAGAAAUGAAGAGGAGGGUCUAAACACAAUGGGUCAUGAUCACCUCUCAGAUACAUCAGAAAUAGAUUUAAAUCAGCAAGCAAGAACUUUAAGAGAACUGGCAUACCUGUCACGAAAAGGAGCAGAACCAUGGGACUCCUUAGUUAGAGAACAGUCGCUGAGUCUUGAAAAUGACAAACUGGAACCUAGACAAAAUUUACUAAAUAAAAAACGUCGCCUACCAAAUGAUGAUAGUGAAUCGACAGAAAGUAAAAUAUUAACAGAAUUUAAGGGAUUAAAAAGUGUCGUAUUAACAAUGAACCAUAAGUUGAAUACUGUAACGGCGCAAUAUGAUGCCUUACGAAAAAUCGGUAAAGAAUUAGACCUAGCAAUAUAUCUCGCACUGAAAAAUAUGGGAUCUGCCUUACCUGUUACACAAAAUAAUUGGAUGAAGGGAAAGGAUUCAUUAAUUGAAAAAGCGAAGACAUUAGUGGAAGUGAAAAAGAAAAGUUUUUUUGAGCCAACCAGAGAAGCAAAAACAAUAAUCCAAACUCCAGCAAGUGCUAUAUCUGUGAAGAAUAUGAACAUUAUGCGAGUGAUGUCCAUAAGACCCGAACAAAGGCAAUUACAA